AAAUGACUUCUUCAAUAGUAACCUCAAGCUUAAAGCUUUUAGCUAUGGCGGAACUUUCAUCUACAACCAACUUAUGCCUCCCUUCAAUCAUCAAUAUCUCUUGCUCCAAUCCUCGCCGCUCCAAUUUUCCCUUCCUUACACGACCCAUUAAUCUCCCUCUUUCUCUCAACUCCAGAACUCACCAUAACUUAUCUCCUGUUGUUACCUUUGCUUCCCAAACUUCGGAUUGGGCAGAGGAAGAAGGUGAGGAUGGUUCGGCCGCCGUCGAGGAAGCCAAAUUGUGGGAUGGAGAAGGAGACACGAGUGGGACUGAAGAAGAAAGUGGCGGAUUCCAAGAGCCACCGGAAGAGGCUAAAUUGUUCGUCGGAAACUUGCCGUACGACGUUGAUAGCCAAGCCUUGGCUAUGCUCUUUGAGCAAGCCGGCACAGUUGAGAUUUCAGAGGUUAUCUACAAUAGGGACACUGACCAAAGCCGUGGAUUCGGUUUUGUAACAAUGAGUACCGUUGAAGAAGCAGAGAAAGCCGUUGAGAAGUUUAACCGUUAUGAAGUGAAUGGGAGGCUAUUGACAGUAAACAAAGCAGCUCCUAGAGGAUCGAGGCCAGAACGACAACCUCGUCUAUAUGAAGCUGCGUUUAGGAUCUACGUUGGGAAUCUACCAUGGGAUGUGGAUAGUGGUCGUCUAGAACAAGUGUUCAGCGAGCACGGGAAAGUGGUCGAAGCUCGAGUGGUUCACGACAGAGAGACAGGUCGUUCGCGAGGAUUCGGAUUUGUUACAAUGUCUAACGAGACCGAAGUUAACGACGCCAUUGCUGCUCUUGACGGACAGAAUUUGGAAGGCAGAGCAAUUAGAGUGAACGUAGCUGAGGAACGUCCAAGGCGUGGUUUU